AUGACAAUUGGAAGGAAAUCAGAAUCGUUUGUCAUGUUACUGCUUUCAACUCAGUUUAUUCUCGUCAAACAAAAAAGUAAUGCGACACAGGUGGAAGAGAGACUUGCUGUCUUAAGAGAGGUUUACUCCCCUCUUAAAAAAGGGUCACAAGAAUGGACCAAGCUUAUUAAAUCUGGGAAAAUCUGGGAGAAAUACUUUCGUCCAUUUGAAUGGCGCACACAAGAUUAUGACUUUCAAGCAAAAUAUGGCGAUUUUUUGAAAGAAAUCGAUGCCCUGAAAGCCUCUGCAAAAAACCCAGUUGUAGAUUUUUUACGAAGUAUGACCGUGAGCAGCAAAGUUGUGCCAUACGUUAGGAUUGUACGAUACACAAAAAGUUUGGAAUUCACUCAGAAGGAACUACAAUUUCUGAAAGAUUCGGAAACACCGUUACCUUUACCGAGUUCACUUUCCGUUGAACCAGAAAAUGAAACUCCAUCACAUUCUUUUGAAGGAUACACCAAUGGAGAAGUCGAAUUGGAAGAUGAUAAAUUUCAUGAUAACGAAGAAGAUAGAAGUAGAGUCACGUGGCUCUAUCUAUACUGUUUAUCCGCUCCCAAUGGAAGUUUCUGCAUUGAUGGAAAGGUUCACACAGUACAGUUUCGUGAUGAGAGCAACAAAAACAGCGGUCUUCAUCCAAUUAUAAUCGCAUGUCGUAUACUUUCAAACCUUCCUUCAUAUUCACCCAUUUAUGAUGAAUAUGGUGCUACAUUAUUUCUGGCACAAGCGGAAAAAGAUUCAACGCGUGGUAGUGCAAAACAUAUUCAAUGUUUUAAUGAGGUACCAAUU